AUGGAGACCAGAAAGUUGGUCAGUGGUCGGAGUCCAUUAACUCGUAUCGUAGACACUAAUCAGAUAGUUGAAUUUACAAUAUGUGGUUGGAUCUUAACUAUAUGUUCAUAUAUUCUUAUAGUUUGCACACUUCCUCUUUCUGCCUAUUUCUGUAUAAAAGUCGUUCAAGAAUAUGAAAGAGCCGUCAUUUUCCGUCUCGGACGUUUGAUGCCUGGGGGUGCUAAAGGGCCAGGAAUUUUCUUCGUCCUACCAUGUAUAGAUUCAUAUAAGAAGAUUGAUCUCCGUGUUGUCUCUUUUGACGUUCCUCCUCAAGAGAUUUUAUCCAAAGAUUCCGUGACAGUAGCUGUGGAUGCUGUUGUCUAUUUCAGAAUAUCGAAUGCUACCAUAUCUGUUACCAAUGUGGAAGAUGCUUCUCGUUCCACCAAACUGCUUGCUCAGACUACACUCAGAAAUAUUCUCGGUACUCGUACACUGGCAGAAAUGCUAUCAGAUAGAGAAAACAUUUCUCAUCAAAUGCAGAGUACAUUAGAUGAGGCGACCGACCCAUGGGGUGUUAAAGUGGAACGGGUUGAAGUCAAAGAUGUUCGACUUCCAUUACAACUUCAAAGAGCUAUGGCUGCUGAGGCUGAAGCAACAAGAGAAGCAGGGGCUAAGGUUAUUGCUGCUGAAGGAGAACAACAAGCAUCUCGAGCCUUACGGGAGGCUGCAGAUGUGAUCGCCUCUUCACCAUGUGCAAUCCAGUUGCGAUACUUACAAACUCUGAAUAGCAUAAGUGCUGAGAAAAAUUCAACCAUCAUCUUUCCAUUCCCAAUCGAACUUAUUCAGAACUUUUUUUCUCCUGUAGGAAAGAUAAAGCCGCAAGGAAAAGAAAGCUGA